ACGGUUUCUCUCAUCCUCUCUCUCUCUCUCUCUCUGCUUUCAGAUCAGCAAUUCCUCAGACCUUUUCCCCACAACAAGCACACGACUCAGCUCCCGGGCAGUGAGUAAACUACUGCAGUCGCACUUGAUCAGACAUGGUGAAGCCUGGCUACAAUCUGUCGGAGAAGUUGGAGAAAGUGCAGGGUGGAGAAGAUGGUUUCGAUAAUAUCCCCCUGAUAACCCCACUUGAUGUUAACCAGCUUCAGCAGCCUAUUCCCGAGAAGGUGAUUGUGAAGACCAGGACAGAAUACCAGCUGCAGCAGAAGCAGAAGAAGAAGAAGCUGCAUGUCCCUGGCAUCAAGAAACUCAACAUCAACCUUUACGAUGAAGUCUCGGAAAAAGUCAAGCUGACUGGGCUGAUCCUUAUUACCAUGGCGUUCCUGGCCUGCCUGCUAAUGCUUGUCAUGUACAAGGCAUUCUGGUACGAUCAGUUAAGCUGCCCGGAGGGCUUUGUGUUUAAGCACAAGCACUGUACACCCGCCGCUCUGGAGAUGUACUACUCAGAGCAGGAAGCCGGUCCUCGCGGCAGUCUGUACACGGUGAUCAGCCAUCUAAGCCAAGCGAAGAGAACCAUUCCUGAUCUGUCGUCUCCAUGGUUACCCAUAGUUCCUGCCUUGAAAGGCUCAGCAAAGUCGAAGGAAGUCGACAGCAGCCACCAAUAGAAGAGAAAAAGGCGGAAAAACACUCAUUAUUAUUAUUUAUUGAAUGUCUGAAUACUCAAGCAUUAUGUAGUUCUCUUUACAGACAAAAACAAGCUUUCCCUCGGGGUUACAUGCAUCAAACCAAAUCAGAUUAGUCAACAGAAUUCAGUUUGGUUGGUUUGGCUCCACCAGUUUGGAGUCGUAAAAAAAUGAGGUUAUUUUAGUGAGUCCUGAAAAAUUCAAUGUGGUUAUCAGUAGGAAAAGUAGCGGAAAUUAGGAAUAUAAUAAUGAUAAUCCUUGCAUUUGAUAUAACAUCUUA